CACGAAUCGAGAAUCCAUUGAUUGAGUGUGGCUGGCUGGGCUGUACCAGCCACACCCGCACAUGCGUGUGUGCAUGGGGUCUGCUGCUCCAUGCAGCACACGGAGCUCAUCCGGUCCAUCCACACCACACGUCCACUGCACACGCAGACAUGCUCACCAACGAGCUUGUGGUGGCAAAACAAGACGACAUCAGCCAGCCAGCCACACUCAGACUCAGAUCGGCCGAUAGAUAGACCUACAGAGCGGAGCGCUACCACCAUCCAUAAUCCAUCGAUGCAAUGUAAUUCCCCCGCCUACCAAUAAACAUUAGGCUGUUGCAAUAACCGACCAUUCCACAUAAUACCAAUCCAAUACACACAUUCAUUGCAUCGACCGACCGCCUGACAAAACACCGACCCCACCCAGACACACAACACGCAACAGACAACGACAGCCAUGCAUUACGAGCCGACCAUGGUCGCAGAAAAAGUCGUCUUCUCUUUCCACGCAGACGAGAGCGGCGCUCGCUCGGCCUUCUUGGCGUCGGUCGGGACCUUCAGCCGCAUCCCAGCCCCGCCAUUGCUGUCGGUGUCGCUCUCGGUGUCGAUGGCAUCCGCGAAGACGUCUGUGGAGAAAUAAGGGGUCGUGAAAUAUUCGUAGAAGGACAUUGAGGGCGUGAUGGACGGCGAGCCGGGCACAGAGGGCGAGAGCUUCUGCUGAGCAGAGUGGAACGACGUGGGGUCAAUGGCGAUGUCGCGCAGCCGCGUGAUGGCCGCAAAGAGGGCGUGGAAGACCAGAUGGCUGAAGAGAAUGAGCGUCAGCACCACAGUGGCCGCCGAGGUUGAGAGGUCGAUGGGCACCGAGGGAAUGACACCGAAGCGCAGGAUCAUCGCCCACCCAUAGAGCAGCACCACCGACAUGGUCGCCCAGACGUGGGUCAUGAGGAUGGGCACGCGGCUGCACAGGAGCUCCGCCAUGAGGAAGACCACGUUGAGGCCGUGCUGGUUGAGUGAGGGGAACCCCAGCCACUCCUGACGCUCACUCGGACUGCUCAACGGAUAAAUGUACGUCUGACACACCGACCGCACACACGCACAGACAGACAGACAGACAGACACAGACAAGUCACGUCACCUACGUCAGGGCCACACAGCCACCCUCCAUGUGAUGUGCGUCUUGACGUACCCAGAAAACAACUGCAACGACCGCCGCUGCCGCCAUCUGCUUCUGGUAGAUGAUCCAGAGCAUCACCCGAUACCACUUCCAGAAGGCGCCUCGGAGGGCCAUCCGGCAGACCACCCGCAGCAGCGAGUAGAGGGUCAACAUGGCCGUCAUGACCGUCAGGAAGCCAUAGGUCCAGAUGGUGUAGAACGACCACAGAGGGAAGGGCGGCACGAACCGUGGUGUGCGGGAGAACAUGACGCACCAGACGUUGACCGUCCAGACGAGCGUGAAGGCCCGCAGCACCAGCAGGUGGUGCGGCUGGAUGAAGGGCGAGAAGAGAAAGGGGUCCUUGAGGCCGCCCGGCCGGCCGGUGAGAAUGAGGCGCGAUAGGCCCCACUGUAGGCGCCGCCUUCGCUUGGCGGACCAGACAAUGCCCACGAGGACGGCCGGGAAGAGACACAUGAACACCCUCGCGGACACGGCGAUCUCGCCCCAUCCGCGAGGCUUCCAAUGGAGUCCCAUCUGGUGCCUCGCUGUCUGCCUGAAACACACAGACAGACGCCUGUGAUGUGAUGACUGUCUUCCUUUCAGGUGGGUCAUAGUUGUGUGUUUGCUUCUUGCCUUUGGGACUGUCGUGUGAUUGGUUUCUUGGAAAAACAGGAGCAGUGCCUCAGUCAGCUUCACUGAGCGACUGAGGGCUGCUCUUCCUCCUUUUCCUUCGCUUCCCAGGCGCUGGUUGCAAGCUUUGGGUCGAAUUCGAAAGAAAAG